UCAAAGAAAUCAUUCUAAUACAAAAAAAAAGUCUGACAAAGCAUUUCCCUCUUCUUAUUCUCCCUCGUGUCACUUUCCUUCUUCUUCCACGUCUUCUCAUGGCUUUGCUUACAAAUAAGUUCCAUUCCCCUUUCCUUCCAUAAGACCAUAACCCAUUUCCCUUUCUCUAAACCUCAAACAACCCAUUUUCAUUUCUUCACAAAACGGGUUAAACCCGAAUCUUUCUUCGACAUAACCAAUACAAUUUUGUAUUACACAAACUCAUCCCAAUUAGCAACAUUAAUCAACAUUAUUACUAUGAGAUUAUAUGUGUAUGUACUAGAAGCAAAUGAUUUGCCGGUAAAGAGUAGUAGUUAUGUAAAGCUUCAAGUUGGUAAAUUCAAAUCCAAAACAAGAACUAAAACCGGGUCAGACCCUGUUUGGAAUGAAGAAUUUGUAUUCCGGGUACAUGAUUUGGAAGAUGAGCUUGUGUUGUCAGUUUAUAAUCGUGAUGAUGAUGAUUCUUAUUCUAGGUUCUUUAAUGUUUCUGGGUUUUUGCUGGGUCGGAUUCGGGUACCCGUUUGGACUGUUUCGGGUGAAGAGAAUGAAUGUUUGCCUCCUACUUGGUUUUCCCUUACAAAGCCCAAGAAUGGAAAACAACAUGUGAAAAGAAAAUGUGGAAAAAUUCUGUUGACUCUCACUCUGCAUGGAAGAGGGGAUGAUGCUAAUUCUGAUCUGUUCCUGUCUGAAGAACCAUGUGCCAGAUCUUCCGAAUAUAAACAAGAGGAAAGCGUAGAUGACGCACUCAUAAAUAACGUUUCUCCGACUGCUUCUCAUUUGAAGGUUCCACACGGGAAGAAGUUGAUAAAAGGCGUGACUAAACGAUUGGAAAAGCUUUUACAUAAAACUGGGGAACCCUCCAAAAGUGACGAAUCAUCAGAUUUAAGUGUUACUCCUUCCGAGUACGAAGAAUGUAUGCAGGAGGAAUUAGUAUCAUCAACUAGUAGCUUUGAAGAAGCUUUGGGUACAAUGCAAUGUAGAGACGACUUGGAACUGCCCGAGAAUCUGCAAGGCGGAAUUCUUCUCGAUCAAACAUAUGUAGUCACUUCGAAAGAUCUUAAUGCGUUUCUUUUCGCUCCUGAGUCGCAGUUUCGGAAAGAACUUGCCGAGUUACAGGGCGUAACCGAUAUGCAAGAGGGUCCGUGGACUUGCAAACCAGGGGAGUCACCUUGUUUGACACGGUCGGUAAACUAUAUACAACCCGCAAGCAAGUUAGUUAAAGCGAUUAAAGCCACGGAGGAGCAGACUUACGUCAAAGCUGAUGGCGUUGAGUUUGCUGUUUUUGUACGUGUGGCUACACCGGAUGUCCCAUACGGGAAUACCUUCGAGGUUGAGUUACUCUACAAGAUAAUGCCGGGUCCAGAAUUAUCGUCAGGCGAGGAAUCUUCACGUUUGGUUAUUUCUUGGGGAAUAAACUUUUCGCAGUCUACGUUAAUGAAGAGUAUGAUCGAGAACGGAGCAAAACAAGGUCUGAAAGAGAGCUUUGACCAAUUUAGUGCAUUGCUGGGUCAGAAGUUUAAAGUGUUGGAUACUGAAUAUUCGUCCGAGAAGGAUGCUGUCUUGGAAGCUCUUCAAAGAGAACAUCAAUCAGAUUGGGAUUUGGCUAAGGAGUAUUUCGGGAAUCUGACUGUAGUUGCAGCCACCUUUCUUACAUCAUAUGUGCUUGUACAUAUUUUACUUUCUGAGCCUCACAAGCGUCAGGGACUCGAGAUUUAUGGCCUUGAUCUGCCCGACAGUUUUGGGCAACUCGUCACUUGCGGCAUUCUAGUUCUUCUAUUAGAGCGUGUAUAUAACAUGGUUUCACUCUUUGUUCAAGCCCGACUUCGUGUAGGAAGUGAUCAUGGAAUCAAAUCUCAAGGUGAUGGAUGGGUAGUAACAGUUGCUUUGGUUGAAGCGAUUAACUUACCGUCAUUAGACUUAACCGGAGUAUCUGAUCCUUUUGUGGUCUUAACCUGUAACGGAAAAACAAGAACAAGCUCUGUACAGCUACAAACUUGUAAUCCACAAUGGAAUGAGGUACUUGAAUUUGAUGCUUCGGAGGAUCUUCCAUCAGUCCUUGAUGUGGAAUUAUUUGAUUUUGAUGGUCCAUUUGACCAGGCAGCCUCACUUGGGCACACCGAGAUCAAUUUUCUAAAGCACUCCGCAACAGAGUUGGCUGAUAUGUGGGUUCCUCUUCAAGGGAAAAAGGCUGUUUCCUGUCAGGCGAAAUUGCAUUUAAGAAUCUUUGUAGAGAACAAAAAGGGUGUUGAAACUAUCAAAGAGUACCUUAACAAAAUGGAAAGAGAAGUUGGAAAGAAGUUAAAUAUUCGGUCUCCCCACAAAAACUCUGCAUUUCAGAAGCUGUUUGGUUUGCCACCCGAAGAAUUCUUGAUCAAAGAUUACUCGUGUUCUUUAAGAAGAAAGAUGCCAUUGCAGGGCCGUCUUUUUGUAUCCGCUAGAAUAGUUGGAUUCUAUGCUAAUUUCUUCGGACAUAAAACCAAAUUUUUCUUUUUAUGGGAAGACAUAGAAGAUAUCGAAGUGCAGGAUCCCUGCAUGGCAUCAUUUGGUAGUCCUACUCUCGUCAUAAUUUUGCGGAAAGGGAGAGGUUUGGAUGCAAGGCAUGGAGCCAAGACUCAGGAUGAAGAGGGCAGGCUUAAAUUCUAUUUCCAAUCAUUUAUCCCAUUUGAUGUUGCCAGCAAGACAAUAACGGCCUUAUGGAGAGCAAAGACGGCGUCCCCUGAGAAGAAGGCAUUCAUUACAGAAGAACAAGGGAAUCAAGAAAGUGUGUUUGGUCCAGGUGAAAACGAUAGCUCUCUUUUCCCUGCCGAUGAUGCGAAUAACUUGAAGAUUUACUCUACUACUCUUCCGUUUGAUAUCAAAUCCUUAAUGGAGAUGUUUGGAGGAGGAAGUUUGGAGCGUAAAGUGAUGGCAAAAUCCGGUUGUUUGAAUUAUAUCACAACCGAGUGGCGGACGGUGAAGCCCGAUGUUUACGAGAGGCAGCUUUCCUAUAAAUUUAACCAUGAGGUUUCGGUUUUUGGAGGAGAAGUGCGAUGCACCCAGAGGAAAUCCCGCCUAGGUGAUCCAGACGGAUGGAUAGUCAACGAAGCCAUGGCUCUCCAUGAUACUCCCUUUGGCGAUCACUUUCGUGUACAUUUGAGCUAUCACCUCCUAAGUCUCAAAUCAAUCGAAGAAGAAUGUAAAUGUGAUGUUUUCUUGGGAAUUUUGUGGUUAAAAGAUUGCAAAUUUCAACAGAGAAUCACGAAGAACAUAAAUGAGAAAUUUGCGAGUAGAUUGAAGACUAUGUUUGAGCUUGUAAAGAAAGAGAUUUUGUUGUCAAAUGAUCAUUCGUUAUAGUAGGCUUCAGAAUGUAAAUUAUAACAAUUUCAAUACGGAUUAUACUCAAUUUACUGCAUCGAUCGUUGUUGUAGGUUAAGAUUUUCAAGUUUAAUUUUAUCAAAAUUAAAAUCAAA